UAAGCAGCCAUCCAUCAUCAUCAUCAUCUUAUAAUUGAUAAUCAGCACUGCUGUCAUUAGGGAAUUGUGAUUAAGUACCUACAGAAUAAACAUUAUUUCUAGUUUGUCCUGCAUAAUGACGAUCACGGAGACGCUUGAUGAACUUUGAUAGUGCAGGGAUACAGGCGGUCCCCUCUAUCUUGUAAAUGAUGUCAUAAAGAUAAACACCGAUAAAUAUGGCCACAACCAAGAAACCUACAGACAGUAGACAGAAUGAUGUCGUUCUAAAACUACGAGUCAAAGAGCUUGAAGAUGAGGUAGCGGGUUUGAAGAAGAGACUUGACGAAUUACGAAAGGCAAAGAAUACAACCAUCACGAAACGUGAACAAAAAGUGUUAGAAGUAGGAUUACCAUUUGGAAAAAGAGAUAGUAAAACAACUGAUACAAAGAAAUCUGAUAACACUGCCAAGAAUAAAGAACUUGAAGGGAAAAAUAGAGAGAUUGAUGAACUGAAGAGAAGAUUUGCAGAAGAAAUGGAACAAAUGAAGAAAGAUUUAGUUGAGGAAUAUGCAUGUGACCAUGAUAUAGAAAUAGAAGCUCUCAGGAAAAACAUAGCAGAACUACAGGGGGAUAAUGCAGCAUUGGUGGUAGAAAAUGACGACCUCAAUGAAAGAGUUAACUCACUGGUUAAUGAUCUCAGUAUAAAGGAGGCUACAUGGUGUGAUAAUGAAGAAAAAAUGAAGAUUGAGAUGCAAAAAACCUGGGGUGAAAAAUACGCUGAGUGGAUGCAGAGGACAGAACAAAAACUCGAAGAACUUCAACAAGCCAACACUUUAUUGAGAGGAUAUCUAAAGAAUCACAAGCCAAAUGCACCAGAUUCAACAGGACAGGACAAAUCAUGAUGACUAUAUUAGAUGAUUAUUUAUACAAUCCUUUCACAUAGGUUUAAUCGCAUUACUUGCAGUUAUAUAAUUAAGCAGAAUAAGGUAUAAGGCUAUUUCAGAAAUAAUGUUAGAGAGAUUGCAAAUGAAGAAACUCUUUGUAUCUUUUUGUGAGGGUAAGUGGGGUUUAAUGUUACAAUGACUUCUUAGGUUUGCACUACAUGCAUAUUGUAAAUGUUAUUUGAGAGAAGAUGAAAGUUAGAAGGACUUUUAAAGGAAAAUGGCAUUCCAUAAUCACAUUAAAAUUGUACAAUUACAAGGAUCAUAAAAUAAUUGCCUGACAAUCUGACAACAUGUUUUUUUUCUCUGAAAUAGCCUUUGCUAAUGAUAUGAAUGUAUACUUUAAUCUGAUUGCCAUAUCAUUUUCAGGAUAUGAUGGCAUUACUGUGAUAAAAGACAAAAUAACUGUGAUAUUUACAUACUUAUACAAACAUUUACAAUUUUACUUGUUUAAUAUGAGCUUGCCAAAAUAUUUUUUGAAAUUUGCUCAUAGUUUAGUGACUAGUAUUUUAUUUUUAUACCUUAUGUGUUUAUUUUAUGUUGUUCUUGUCAUUUGUACUUUUGAUAUCUUUUAAACAUAACCUCAUUUAUGUGUGCAAGAAAAAAAAGUUUUGUUAUAAAAUGAAUUGCAUUAGCUGACCAAAGAAUUAAUAGCCAUUUCUACUGAAUAUUAUAGGCAUCUUUUAUCUUCAAUUCUUCCUAAAAUGUUGUUGUUUGGAAAUGGAACAUUGAAUCAGUUGCCUCUUGUUUGGAGACUACCACACAUUAAUCUUUGCAUUUGUUUUGAAAGGACCACACUGCAUGUUAAAAAAAACUGUUGUAACAACUCUUUUAGGGAUCUGUAAGUUUCCUGUGACAAGGCAAAAAACCUUACCCUAUCCAACCCUCUUUUUCCAUUGGCAACCCAAAAGUUUUUUCUCUUCUUCAUGGUCUAUCCACUUUGUCAAUCUUACCUUGAUUUAUUGUGUAGUGGUCUCAUCCUGUCAUUGUUUGAAAUAUUUGCUAAGAUGCAAGUUAUUUUAAUUAUAAACUUUCAAUCAAUUUAUCCUGAUCCAAAGAUUUGAUUUCACUGAAGCUUUUAGAGAAUAGUUCUUUAAUACAUUGUUUCUUUUGUGGAUAUUCUAUUUUAUUUGUUUGCACUAAAUCCUUAUUUAGGUUCGAUGUUGGCUUCAACCAUAAUCAUGUACAAUGUACUUAGUUGCAUAUCUCAGGAGUACUUAUAUAGAGCUUUGCCAGAAAUAUAUGAGUAAGGGAGUUGAAAUUUACAAUUUAUGUGACUCCAAUGUGCAUUAAAUUUUGAGUUUUUUAUAUGUUUACAAGUCAGAUUAACCAUCAUUAUAACUGAAGUGUGUAGUUCAACCCCUCUUUAUAACUGUGAAACAUACCUCGCUUUCAAAAGAGUGGAUACAAAUUCUGUCCAUUUGAUACAUUUCACCUUAAUGUUAUGCAGUGUAGAUUCAUAUUAAAACCUUCUUUUCAUUUAGACAAUAGUUCUUGAAAGUCUGAAAGUAACUUUUAUAUUAUGAAAUUCAUAUGUACUGUAUGUUUUUUUAUUUUCCUUCACAUCCGAAAAACCUUAAAACAAAUCCUUUCAAUAUCAAACAAUGAAACAAAAGAUGCUAAAUAUUAUAUUCCUUUAAGGACAAGGACACCCUUCAUGUUUUUACCUACAUUUGUAUCAAAACUAUUGUAGGACAGCUUCAAGUUCUUGGAAUUGAUGUUAACACCAUUUUUGCCUUAACCAUGUAAUUAAAGUUAGAUCUGUUAGCAUUGUACAUGUAGUUUGAAACUAGAUUACACUUGAUUUGAAUUAGAUGUGUUCACUUGUGUUAUUUUGAAUAUUUAUUUUUGAUACCAUUUUGUUUUCAACAGAUCAGAGUAUACUAUGAUAGUUUUGUUACUACCAGAAUAUCUUUUUUUUCUUUGGUUUGUUGAGAUAUAGUUAAUGAAAUGAAAUGAAGUAAAAUAUAUGUUAUUGAUAUAUAAUACAUACAAUUUUGUAGUAAAAUGAUUUGUGUUACUCUUAUCUGAAAACUGAGAGUAAAUACCACUUAAGCCUGUCCAUUUUUUCCUUUGAAAGCUAGUGUAAUGACUAACAUGCAACUUAUUUUAUGAUGUACUAAUUUGUUGCUCAUAUCAAAAAUUUAGCAAGUAGAGAAAUACCCAUAAUAUGCCCAUAUUUCCUAAAACAGCAAAUUUGAACAUCACAAGUAGCAUACCGUAUGAUGUUGUCUGUUCGUGGUUGCCAGUUUUAUGAUGACCUCAAGAUUUUUGUUGCAUUGUAUUAUUUGGUUGCUUUUCCUUGAAAUUUGUGUCAAACAUCUCUUUUUUAUUCAAAUUUGUUGCAAAUAAAUUUUGUAAGAAUGGAGAGUAUUCAGAUGUUAUUUAUUUUCUUAUUGGAAAAUAUUUCACAAAGGCAAACAAAAAUGGAAAAAACUACAAUUUAAAUAUUAUUAAAUUUUAGACUUAUUUGAUAUUCAGUUUGUUUGAUUAAAUUUUUUUAUAUUUUGGGCAGGCACAAAUAAGAAGAAAGAUAGGUUUUUUUUCAAAUGCAGAAACCUCAAUUUAUUCAGGUACAGAAUUUUUUUAAAGCUUUAAAUAAAUCACAUUCAUGUGAUGAUAAGAAUAAAUUAAAGUCUUGGCAAAUCCCUUUUUUAGUUAUAAAAAUCUGCCUAUGGAGGAGACUCAUUGCAUUUCUUUGGUGCUGGAUCUUUGUACACCCAAAAGGUGCUCUGUUUUGGAAAAUUUUGGGUCCUCAAUGCUCUUUGUUCUCUAUUUGGCUUUUUAAACUUUUUGUAUUCGAGCGUCACUGAUGAGUCUUUUGUAAAUAACACUCGUCUGGUUUACAAAAUUUUAAGCCUGGUAUCUAUGAUGAUCUCGAGUUUAUUGGUACUGUCAAAACAAUUGUAACAUAUUCUCACGUAGUUAUUGAAUCUCUCUGAAAUAUUAAAAUUGGAAAUGAUACUUCAUAUUUUACCUUUCACUGUUUGUUAAUUGAAAAUUUAUGUAGUUAAAAAUAAAAAUGCUAGUUUUU